GGGGGAGCCGAAGGCGCAUGAGGACGAAGGGGGAAGAGGAGCAGACAGCUCCCUUUAAAAGAGGCUCAGGGGUGAAUUAGAGGCAGAGGUGGGGUCCACAGAACAGGGGUAGAGCCCCCUCCUCGCUUGGGGACGUGCCAGCCAGAUGCCAGCCAGCAGCUUUGGUCACCACAGAGGGGGCAACCGAGUACCAAUUCUAAGCUGAAAUUGGAUGCUAUCAGUGUGUAUGGUUAUUCAAGGAUAUAAUUUUCCUCCAAAAGUGUGUGAUAGGAAAGGGAUGCUGAGGAAGAGUUAGGAAGAACCUGCAAAUGGACAUGCACAAUAGUGCAUCUGCCUGUGGACACGCAGUUUACAAUUUAUACUGACCAGGGCACUUAUGGUCUCUUACAAAAGCGUAGCCCAGUGAAAGGGGCAGAAUCGGCACAGCCUUAUGAACCUGCGUGGCGAAGGCAUUUACCCAGUGGAUAUUUUAGAAGAUGACCCCGAGGGGCAUCAGGAAGCAACUCUGGCGUACUACGCCUCGCUCGGGGAAGGAGCUCCGACCUCAUCUGAGAUUUUCUCUCUUCCCAGUGGGGAGCAGGUUAAACUUGAAGCUUCAUCUGUUUGCUUUUGCACUGUGUACCGUGACGAGCCUCAGCAUAAGAUACUGGUUUUGGUUAAUCCCCAGGACACAAAGACAGUUGUGGCUGUUUACAUAAAGAAGUCCUGGUGGUUUACAGAAGAUGUACUGAGAACCUCAGAUCCCGCAAGAGAAGGGCUGAUGAAGGUUCAGUCAUUUGGGGAAAGGAUUGUGCUUUUCAUCCUGAAUGUCAUUAUUUUUGGAAGAUUGGAGAGAAAUUUGGAUGAUGACGACAUGUUUUUUCUACCUCACUCUGCGAAGGAGCAAGCUAAAAUUCUGUGGAGACACGGAGCAGCUGUUGGAUUUUACACAAUCAAAAUGAAAGGCAGCCUGUGUGGCGAUGGCACCGGUGCGUGCUACCUGCUGCCUGUCUUCGAUACCGUGUUUGUCAGGAGGAAACACCGUCGCCAAGGCCUGGGGAUGGUCAUGCUGCAGGACUUCUGCGAGACGUUCCCAGAGGACGAGGCCCUAGGGAUCAGUUGCCCGAUUUCUCCUGCCAUGUACCAAGUCUGCAGGCAGUUCCUGCUGGCCCGGCCGGAGGAGCGAGGGCGCCUGUGGGAGGUGGAGCCCCCGGGGGCCUGGGGCCAGCGCGACAGCAUCUGGCUCAAGGUUCACCUUCUCCGGGCAGGACUUCCAGACGCACACCCAGGACAUUCCAAGAAGGAGGAGGGCGUGAACGGUCAUGGACAGCCUUCUCAGGGUGACGGACCCAGACAGUCUGCUAAUGGAGAAAGCAACAAGGAAGGGACCCGUGGAGAAGAAUUGGAAAACACAAAGAAUGAUCGAAAUUGUGGAGUGAAAGAGGAGGAAGCUGGGCUGCUGGAGAGACCCUGCCAGGCUGAGCUGAAGGCACAGGAAGCCAAGAGGACAGCAGCCGUGGCGGGGCUGGCUGGGAAGCCAUGGCGGAAGCUCCCACGGCCCAGUUCCUGACUCCUCCAGACACCUGUCUGGCCUGGGCGCAGAGGCCUGGCCUGGGCUCCCCGCACCAGUGUGUGGCCAGGAGCUGAGCUGGCCUCCUGUCCUUGCUGUGCCUUCCUUGUCAUCUUUGAGGAGACAAUGACCACAUCAGCUCCACCUACCUCAGUCCUCUUAUGUGGGGCUCAGGUUCUAGAAAGCCUGAGAAUGUUCCAGGUUAAGCAUGAAACACUAUAUAGGAUCGAGGAGUUAUUUUCUCAAGUUACUUCUUGGCAGUUCCAAGAGAUUUCAGAAACUCAUUCAAAGCCCAGUAGGGUUUCUGUUCCUUAGAAAGAAUUGGUGCAACUGUCCUGGAACCACGUGAAUGUUUUCCUGAAUCUACCUCUUUCCUUAUGUAAGUGGGACAAGCUCAGGGAGGGGCCGUGCCUGUCGGAUCCAGGAAAACCCCGUUUAGGUUCGUGCACGCCAGCCUGGUGUUACUGUGGGAACACAGACACCGAAGAGGUUUCCAGGGAGACACAUUCCUUUCCCAGGGAAGCUUCAGCCACGUCAGAAGCUCCCUGAGGGCAGGGGCUGGGGCUGGCUGGUGCCCACUGCAGGCCUUGAGCUCACAUCAGGCCUGCUGUGCAGGAGGCAGAGCUGGCUCCAGGCCAGCUUCAGCCGUCACCUAAUUCAGAUGGGAAGCCACUGCGUGAGAACUUGGGCUGAUGGCCCUUCUAGCCUAUUGGUGGCCUCGAGCAGAAAGGUAUGUGGUAGUUAAAGUAACUGAAAAUGACAGCUUGGCUCAAAUGUGACCUUGGCUUCCCCCUUCUCAAAUACCCAUGAGGCUGGCUUGGCGACGUGUGCUCGGCAGCUCAGGGGAUGCAAAGCCCAGCCGGGGACCCCACCCUAGGGUCUGCCCUCCACAAGGGUAAGGCACAAGUCCAGGCCACUUCGUGGAGCCCCAGAACCUGCUCCCCGAGAGCUGGGGCGGUGCUCCCUCUGCACUGGGGCCCAGCCUCGCCGACGUGUAAUAGGAUUUUUCCAGAGAGAGCUGGUCAGGCCCUCCUGAAGCAGACAGCACACGUUCCAGCCCCUGGUUUGGGGCAAAUACAAAUGUGAUCACAUCAGCACAGACGCCUCAAUCCCCUCUAUGGCUUGUCACCAACUUUGGAGAAGCCAGGGCCUGUCACAGUGGGUCCCGCUGACUGUCCUUGGCGUAUUCCAGCUGCAGGGUCAGCUCUGGGCCUGCCUGGCUGCCCCUUGUGUUCCCAGUGCCAGCGUGGGGCUGUCCCUCAUUAGCUGUGGGGAAUGGAGGGUGGGGGUCAUCUCAGGACUGAGGGGUCUGUUCUUUUGCAGCUGGAUUCUGGAGAGGUUGACAGAGGACAGGCUUUUACCUUUUUAGGGCUGUAAUAAAGCCAUUCCUGGGGCCUGGAGCCUUGGGGUGGUGAGGAGACACCAGAAGCCCCAAAUUCUGGGGUCCAUCCACGUUGCAGCAUGUAUCAUCAGUAUUUCUUUCCUUUUUAUUGCUGUUUCCCGUGUAGUCAGAAGACACAUAUGCAGGACCUCUGUUACUUAUUCACCCAGUUGUCUGUCCAUCCAUCCAUCCAUCCAUCUCCCCUCCCUCCCUGUUUCCUUCCUUCCACUCAUCUCCCAACUAUUUACCUCUCAAUCUAUAUAUCUUUCCCGUGAUUCAUAUCUCCAUCCAUCUACCCUUCCAUCCAUCCAUCACCCAUCCAUUUAUCUGCCCUCCCUCUCUUCCUCACCUUUCUUCCUUCCAUCUACCCUUCCAUCCACCCAUCUACCUAUCCAUCCUUCUAUCUACCUAUCUAUACAUCUGUUCAUCCAUCUUCUAGUCUGUCCAUCUGUUCAUCCAUCUAU